UGAAAUUGUAUAGUGCGUGGUAACUUCGUUUUUGUAGAGUUGUUGUUCUAUCGGCAACACUAAAAAUCAGCUGUUUUUGGAAGGUUAUUUGACAUUGGAAUUUUCCACUGGAACUUAAUGGAAUACUUAAAUUUUAGAGAUCUCGCUCAUUUUUUGUUUAUAAGCUGGACAAAGUGCGGAUGUUGUUUUACUUAUUUCUGUGCUUUCUCAAAACAAACACGGCUGGCUAAAGUGGAAUAUUUUGGUAACGAGAAAAAAUUGGAAGGAAAUAAAAAAGAAUUGCCGCUAAACAAACAACAUUCGAUAAUAAAAAAGAAAGCUUCAGCGUGGCGUGAUUUUCAAUCUCAAGAGAAAUAGGCUUGCCUACAAUUUACAUCAUCCAGUUGCACUUGUGCAUUGAAAAUAGAAUCAUCGUAAGCAGCAUUCGUAAACAAGAUAGCCGUUGCGUCAGUAGCUUGCAAUUAUUUGUCUUUUUAUUAAUUUAACAAGCACAAUUUGAAUAACAAUGAAUCGUGUGGCUAUGGGAUCGGUGCGUGUGGCAAGAAGCGGGAAUCUCUUAAAUGACGCAUACGUCGCUGCACCACAAUCUGCUAUGGCAACGAGUAAUGUAAAUGUUUCGCACAACAAUAACAAUCAGUUAAACUUAUCUACGAAAGCUCCUCUAAUAAAUAGAAACUUGACACCGGUUGCUGACACCGAUGCAUUGAAAACAAGCAAAAAUCCCCAACUAGCCGCCGAGAUAGUUAAACAAUCGAACGUAGUCUGCUUUGAUGUAGACUCAACAGUUAUAUGCGAAGAAGGCAUCGACGAACUUGCAGAUUUUUGUGGAAAGGGUUCGGAAGUAGCACGGGUAACAAAAGAAGCUAUGGGCGGGGCAAUGACAUUCCAAGAUGCCCUAAAUAUUAGGCUUAACAUUAUAAAACCAAGUCAAAAACAGAUCAUCGACUUUCUGAAACAGCGUCCUCACACCUUAACGAAAAAUAUUCGAUCUCUAGUGGAUAAAUUCAAGUCAGAAGGGAAAGAAAUCUAUUUAAUUUCAGGAGGUUUUCAUUGCCUCAUAGAUCCAAUAGCAGAUGACCUGGGAAUACCAAGAGAUCACGUAUUCGCUAACAAAUUAAUGUUUUAUUUUAAUGGUGAUUAUGCCAGCUUCGAUACCUCACAACCUACUUCUAAAAGUGGUGGUAAAGCAGAGGCUGUGUCGAUUAUUAAACGGUCCUAUCCGAGUGCAAAUAUUACAAUGAUCGGCGAUGGAGCGACUGAUUUGGAGGCUUCUCCCCCAGCAAAUAAUGUUAUUGGUUUUGGCGGAAACGUUCUGCGUGAUGAGGUCCAUAAACGGGCUCAGUAUUAUAUUAUGGAUUUCGCCGAGCUUAUGUGAUAACACGAUAUGUAUAUAUGUAUAGAACGUAUUAUAUAAUUGCAUUACUGGGAGCAAUUAGUCUAGUGUAAAGAUAUUGCAAAGUAUAAAUACUUAUGCUAAUAAUUAUCGAAUAUACAUAGAUACAUAUUGAUAUGAAGUUCCGAAGUGUAAUGGAAUCAUUCAUAAAACAAUAAAAUAGAUUUAUAAAGCGUUAUUAAGUGAAAUUUUUUGUAGUUUCUACUUUUUAAGCAUUAUUAAAUCUAUUUUAAUAUUGAUGAAUUUAUAUGUAAUAUUUUUAUAGGAGAAAGAAAUGAUUGCUAUUAAUUCGUAUAAUAGUAGAUUAUUUAUAAAAGUAUAAUUCCCUAAAAAACCAAAAACUAAUACUUGAUUUGUAAUGCCUGGAAAUCUGGUGGAUAAAGCAGUCAAACUAAUUAAAAAUAGCACUGAAAAGAGAAAUUAGCCAAAUGUAAAUAACUUUAAUGAUUGUACAAAUAGUUCAAUACGGCUUUUGUUAAAAAGUUAGCGUAAUACAAAAAUGAAUACAUCUACUAAAUGCAUGUGAUUAGAAAGUUU